AUGGUGGGCUGGUAUCCUUUCGACGACGGAGACGACAACACAGAGGACUCGGACGCCUCAAGGCACUCAGUCUACAUUAAUAAUACUUGCGACACUGACUUCACCGACGACACCGACAACACGGAGCUCAUCGAGGACAACAGCGACCUGGAGCACACUGAGGCUGACAGCGACCCUAAGCGCCCUAAGGACCUCAUCGACGCAAGAGCCUUCGAUUACACGAGGAUAUCCAGCGACACUGAUAAUACCAACGACAUUGAGAACUCCAGCGACGCUGAGAACACCAACGACUCCGAGAACACCAACGACUCCGAGAACACCAACGACUCCGGGAACGCCAACAACACCAGUGACACAGACUUCACUAACGACUCCGGCGACACUAGCAAUACUAAGGACUCUGAGAGCACGACCGACCCAAACAACACCAAAGACUUCGAAACACUAAACACCCCGGCAACGCUGAGCAUACCCACCGCUUAG